ACGAAGGUAGAAUUCCAAAACGCGUAUAAAUCUUAAUUUUUUCUUGUCGUGAUUACACAUUACAAACACCAGAAAUCUCCUAAUAUAUCUUUUUUUCUCCCAUUAAUUAAUUCCCCUGAUUGUCUCUGAGAUCUCGUAUUGUGUCUGAAUCGGGACCAGAUCUGUGUGUGGGUCGAAACCAGAAGAGGAUGAUAGAGAAUUGCAUAGGAACGCAUCGGUUUCGGAGAUUACAGAGAGUCUGGCGUCAAGGAAAGGUGACGCUUCUCUGCCUCGUUCUCACCGUCGUCGUCUUACGUGGCACAAUCGGAGCCGGUAAGUUCGGCACGCCGGAGCAAGACAUCGAGGAGAUCCGGGAGCAUUUCUUCUACACGCGCAAACGCGCCGAGCCCCACCGUGUCCUCGUGGAGGUCUCAACCAAAACGACGUCGUCCUCUGAAGACGGAGACGGGAAUGGCAACAACUACGAGAGCUUCGACAUCAACAAGAUAUUCGUUGACGAAGGAGAUGAAGAGAAAUCUGAAGAAGACCGGAGUAAACCGUAUUCCCUGGGGCCCAAGAUCUCCAAUUGGGAUGAGCAGAGGAAUGAUUGGCUCAAGCAAAACCCGAGUUUCCCAAAUUUCGUGGCGCCAAACAAGCCUAGGGUUCUUCUUGUCACAGGUUCAGCUCCAAAGCCGUGCGAGAAUCCAGUGGGUGACCACUACCUCUUGAAAUCGAUAAAGAACAAAAUCGAUUACUGUCGAACACACGGAAUCGAGAUCUUCUACAACAUGGCGUUGCUGGAUGCUGAGAUGGCUGGGUUCUGGGCUAAGCUUCCGUUGAUCCGGAGAUUGCUCUUGUCUCAUCCUGAGAUCGAGUUUCUAUGGUGGAUGGACAGUGAUGCGAUGUUUACGGACAUGGUGUUCGAGCUCCCAUGGGAGAGAUACAAGGAUUACAACCUCGUGAUGCACGGUUGGAACGAGAUGGUUUACGACCAGAAGAACUGGAUUGGUCUCAACACGGGGAGUUUCUUGCUCAGGAACUCCCAGUGGGCGCUUGAUCUCCUCGACGCUUGGGCUCCGAUGGGCCCUAAAGGGAAGAUCCGUGAAGAAGCGGGUAAAAUCUUGACCCGGGAACUUAAAGACCGACCCGCGUUCGAAGCCGACGAUCAAUCGGCGAUGGUUUACCUCCUGGCGACGGAGAGAGAGAAAUGGGGAGGCAAAGUUUAUCUGGAGAGUGGUUAUUACUUGCACGGUUACUGGGGGAUUUUGGUGGACCGGUACGAGGAGAUGAUCGAGAACCAUAAACCGGGUUUCGGAGACCAUCGGUGGCCACUGGUCACGCAUUUCGUCGGAUGCAAACCGUGCGGGAAAUUCGGCGAUUAUCCGGUGGAAAGGUGUCUCCGGCAGAUGGAUAGAGCUUUUAAUUUCGGCGACAAUCAGAUCCUUCAGAUGUACGGCUUCACGCACAAAUCGCUUGGGAGCCGGCGCGUUAAACCCACGCGCAACCAGACGGACCGGCCCCUCGAUGCCGAGGACGAGUUUGGGCUGCUUCAUCCGCCGUUUAAAGCGGUGAAGAAGCUCACCACAACGACGACGACGACGACGACGACGACGUGAGGGAGGUAGAAUAUUGUUUCAUUUUUUUUUAACUUUAGGGACACACAUUAUGUUUCAUUCCUUUUUUUUCUUAUUUGUUUGUAGUUUCCUUGAUUAAGUUGUACUAUGAUUUUGAUCUCCCAUUGAUGGUGGAGUCGUGUAUGGAGGAGUAUUUAAUGAUUUGUCCUGAUCAGUUUAUUGUAGACGUAAUCUCAUAAUCGGCUUUGAAAUUAUUUUCUUGUAGAGACAUAAACGUUCAUGAUUUCUGGUUCAGCCAACGCUUUUGUUUAUUUACAUAUGUUCCUUGUAAUUUUAGAAUAUUAAAUAAAUGCUCAAAAGUUCCCGUGACUUUUGGGUUA